CCAUCUUCAUGCUUCUAAAAAAAAAAAAAAAAAAAAAAAGGGAGUGGGUCGACGUAAACUAUAUAUAGGGAAGAAAUCAGGGGUUUUAGAGUAAGAGUGUUGAGCAUCCCAAUAUUUGAUUGAAGGAGUGUAUCAUGAAACGUUUUCUGAGGAAAUUAUUAAACUCGGAUGAAAAACCCUUAAUUCCUGUAUUAGCUUUGGCUGCAGCUGGAUCAGCCCUACUUUCUACUAGCAAUGAAACUAGUUCAAGAACAUCAAUUUUAGUUUCGGUACCCAAAACCUUAAAAGAUUCUUUCACAUUACGUUGGAAAGACAGUCUUCUUCGUCCUGCUUUUCUUUCGCCCGACCAAUCUCAACUUUGUAUUUUCCCAUUAUCUUUUGUUAGAAGUGGUUUGGACUCACCUGGGAAUGUGAAGGAAGACAGUUCUGGGGAAGAUGGAGAUGGUGAAAAACAUAAAUGUUGUAAUUGCUUUGGACGAGAUACUAUUGCCAAUGCAGCUGCCACGGCUGGUCCUGCUGUUGUUAAUAUCUCUGUUUCAAGGGGCUUUCACGGAUUGAGCACCGGAAGGAGUAUAGGAUCAGGAACUAUAAUAGAUGCUGAUGGCACUAUUUUGACUUGUGCUCAUGUGGUUGAUUUUCAAGGCUUGAGUAUUUCAUCAAAAGGAAAGGUUGAUGUGACUUUGCAAGAUGGCCGUGUAUUUGAGGGCACAGUGGUCAAUGCGGAUUUGCAUUCUGAUAUUGCAAUUGUAAAGAUAAAAUCUAGAACUCCACUUCCAACUGCAAAACUUGGCACUUCAAACAAGCUUCGCCCUGGGGAUUGGGUGGUGGCUAUGGGUUGCCCCCUCUCCCUUCAAAAUACAAUUACAGCUGGCAUUGUGAGCUGUGUCGAUCGUAAAAGUAGUGAUCUUGGACUUGGAGGCAUGCGGCGAGAGUAUCUACAGACUGAUUGUGCUAUUAAUGCUGGAAAUUCUGGAGGACCUCUUGUAAAUGUCGAUGGAGAAGUAAUCGGAGUUAGUAUCAUGAAAGUAUUGGCAGCUGAUGGUUUGGGCUUUGCUGUACCAAUUGACUCUGUUAUCAAGAUUAUAGACCACUUCAAGAAAAGGGGGAGAGUUAUUCGACCUUGGUUGGGUUUGAAAAUGCUCGAUCUAAACGACAUAGUUGUUGCACAGCUUCAGGAAAGAGAUCCAUCUUUUCCAAAAGUCAACAAGGGAGUUCUUGUAUCAAUGGUGACUCCAGGGUCUCCUGCUGAUCGUGCUGGAUUUCACCCUAGCGACGUGGUGGUUGAAUUUGAUGGAAAGCCCGUUGGGACUAUAAACGAGAUAAUUGAUAUAAUGGGUGACAACAUUGGGAAACAAUUGAAAGCAGUGGUGAAAAGAGCCAAUGAUGUUACUGCUACGUUGACUGUGAUUCCUGAGGAAGCUAAUCCUGACAUGUGAAAUAUCCAUUUUGAUUUUGUUCCUAGAAUUUUUUCUCUUAAGUUCCAACCACUUGAACCUCACUGGCCUGCUUACCUCAUUCUUUUGAGAUUCAGAACCAAUUCCAUGUGUAUCAAUUUCUGAAGUACAUAUUUUUCUACUAUGUAUACUUGUACUGUGACAAUGGUUUUUCUUUCUUCUGCUAAUGUUGCGUUAUGCCACAUCUA